UCAUUAAACAAAGCAACAUAAUCAACAAUAUUAGGAUAUGCAGAAAUUAAGCUUUGUUUUCUUAACAGUGUGCUCAAAGUGUUACAGAUGUUGUAAAGAGUGAUACAGAGUUUUAACAUACAGCAUAAUGAUUUAAAUAAGAUCUAACGAGAGUCUAAUGUGUGUAAACAUGUGUUGCUCUUCACGCGGAAAUGUUUAUUUCUAUAGAUUAUUCUCUGAUUCCCGUUGUCUCACCCCCUUUGGGUUUGAGAAGUCAAACAACAAGGGUAAAUAUUUGACACUGAAGAGCUCUUGGGUGUUUGAGAGUGCACACUUUUCCUGAAGCAUACUCCUAUCUGUGGGUGUCUAAUAGAUUAAGGAGAUACGAGAGGUCAUUAGAAACUAAACUGUGUGCCUACACGAGUCUUUAUUGAUUCUCUGAGAGCGCGCGCCUAAAUUCAAAGAGCUUGGCAAACAUUUGAAUUCACUUUAUACAGUUUAACAUCCAAAAAUGGACGCAUAACACUAUUUAGAAUUGAACUUGAUAUAACGAAAAUAAUCAUUAGCCUAUAAAACCUCAUUUUUCAAAAUAUGUCAGUAUGCCUUAUUUUUUGAACAUCGGAAAAUCUAGGAAAAAUUUUAAUUAAAUUAAAUGAAAUCUUAUUUUUGAAAGACUUUGAUUAAUCAGGAGACAACUUGAGGUUUUAUGGAAACGAAAAGUCUUUUAUUUCCGUUUGGAAACGCAUAACUAAUAAUUCAGUAUAGACGUAAGCAGCUAGACGUGUAGCAGUAGAUAGUUGCCCCGAUCCCGUUCAUCCCUAUUCAAAACCAUGACAACAAGAAACAAGCACGGAUUUAUUCGAGAAAGUUAAAGGACAUUGUGCGGGGGCGUCAAUCAAGCAUUAUUUCAGGACUGAACAAAUGCAAAAUCUUGACUGGAACAAAUGCUUCCAACGGGUCUCGGACGCGGGGCUACAUUUCCCUCUUUUGUUCCUGGUCGCUGGUUGGCAUGUAUUUGUGUUCCUUUUUUCGGCCGACCACCCAGGACGACUAGACGAGAACGGAUACCCACUCUGUUUGGGAGGGUCUAUGCAGUCAUCCAGAGCGCGCUCUAAGACUAGGCAGUCUCAGGAAUCAUCCGAACCCAAUGAUAUGCCUCGUGUACUUAUACUGGUGAGGUGCAGGAGUAAGCAAUAGUCCAUAUAACGACAUAUUACUGUCUCCUUGAUGUCUGGAUUUUUUUCUCAAAUUUGAGCCCGAUCUCGUGAAAGUGCGUAUCAAUAGCACGAGUUUCUGUUUCUAAUUGGCGUGCUAUUUAUACGCAGAAAUUACCAUUGGCGUGCAUAUAAUACGCACGUGUUUGACGUGCAAAUAAUACGCACUUUUCGCGUGCAUAUAAUACGCCCGUACACUACACCACUAAUCCUACCCACUGCGUAUCAUAUGCACGCAAAAAGUAAUUCCAGCGUAUAAAUAGCACGCCAAAUACAAACAUAAACUCGUGCUAUAGACACGCAGUACUAGGAGAUCGUGUUGGAGCUGAAUUCAUAAAUGAGAAUAAAGUAGUGUUGAAUAUGAGUUUAAAGCAAACAUCUAGGUUUUAAUUAAAUCUGUUUAAUUCGCAGGUGAAACUUUCUUUUACAGUAGGCUGUACGAAAGUUCAGGCUGCUCUUAUGAGCCCACAAAUAUCUAGAUUUCAUGAAUACUGUGCACAUUUAACCCAAUAACACCUGCAAUAAACGACAUUACCCCAAUAAACGAAUUAGGAAAACCAACUCUGGGACGCUAAUGGAUCACUUUGUAUGCAAAUAUCCGAUAUGUUAUUUGAGCGGGGGAAAGAAGGGAGGGCUCUUGUUGUCACUUGCCACCCAAGACGUGAUUCAGCCUCAACAAUUACCAUUAUCUGUUUCCCACUUUUCACGAAUUCGGACGAAUCAGUAAUGAUGAAGAGUGUUACCCUCCAUCAUUGUGAAAGUAGCGGGCUAUUCUUUGCCGAGUUCACACCUACCAUUACAGGGAUUUAAGUACACGAGUCAUUGAGGUACUUAGAAGCCAUAAGGAGGAGAGGCCUCAAAGCAGACACCGAGUGCUGUUUAUAUAAACACCGCGACAUCAGUGUACACAUUGUCACUUGGAUGCGCGUCUUGAAAACGCACACAUCACUUCAGCACUGCGAGACUGACUGAGGAUAGCUCUUCAAGACCGAGAACCAGUCCUGGAACUAACAGAAAUCCAGCGCUACAGAUGGCUAUUUCGAACAAGUUCAGUUUCACUGUCAGAAGUAUUUUGGAUUUGCCAGAAAAUGACUCCGAAAACAUCGCGCGCCAUUCUCCAGUGGACACGUUUUCCGUCUCACCUUACUCGUCUUGGGCUGAAAACGAUAGAGGACAUAUAUCCUCAGACGAGAGCAACCUUGAGGCUUCACCAGACUCCACCGGGCCAGAUGUGCUCUCAGCGGAUACAGAGCAUGAAAAGAGAAAGAAGCGCCGCGUGUUAUUCUCCAAGGCCCAGACUUACGAACUGGAGCGACGCUUUCGUCAGCAGCGGUACCUGUCCGCUCCAGAACGCGAGCAGCUCGCGCACCUGCUACGUCUCACGCCCACGCAGGUGAAGAUCUGGUUCCAAAACCACAGAUACAAAAUGAAGAGAGCGCGGAUAGAGUGCGCUCAGGACCUCAAUCAGCCUCCGGUUUUGCGCAGAGUCGUGGUGCCCAUUUUGGUCCGAGAUGGCAAACCGUAUCAGAACUGCACUAUCGAUGCCGAAAAGGGAAGCUGCAUCGUUCCGCCAACAGUACCAUCCUCACCCUUCAGCGUUCAGGGUUUCCAGUCUUUACAGCAGCAGACUCCCUUUGCGCUUUUCCCCACAUACCAGCACUUUACCUCCAACACAGCGGCCUCCCGGCACCACUUCUGUGUUUGGUGAGACUCACUUGACCACACGAACUAUUUCGAGACUUACCCCACAGGACAGCGCAUGGACUCAUCUUGAUUCAAGUUGUUUUUAAUUACAUAAAGUCUUAGGUCUGUUAAAGUAGAAACUUUCAGCGUUGAUAAGAUAAAAUAAUAAUAAUAAUAAAUGCUGUUUGCACAUAUUAUGUGGUCUAUUUAGUGUUGUUGUGACCAGUUGUGUUAAUUGAUGUGUAUAAUUGCCUAGAUAUAGUGUAUUUUUGAACAGUUUGUAUUUCUUCUAAACCAAAAGUUUAUAUAUCUGUGAGAAAAAAUGUUUUAUGUUUUAUACAGUGAAUAAUGUAGUGUCGUAAUUUGGAUGAAAGUGCAUCAUCUUAAAAUGUUACACAUUUUCGUUCUUGUAUUACAAAAAAA